AUGAGCCGCCGCGCCCCCUCCGGCCGCCCCAGGCGCCUGAACUCCACCAGCGGCGCCCCGUCGCCCGCGCCCGAGGAAAUUUACGAGCAUCUUUUGGAAACCCCGGUCACUCGGGAGCAAUUAAACCACUAUCGGAAUGUGGCUGAAAACGCCCGAAGUGAACUUGCAGCAACUUUGGUCAAAUUUGAAUGUACUCAGUCUGAGCUUCGAGACCUCCGAUCCAAAAUGCUUUCUAAAGAAGUCUCCUGUCAAGAAUUGAAGGCUGAAAUGGAGAAGUACAAAGAGAACAAUGCCAGAAAAUCAUCUCUCCUCGCCUCUUUGAGAGACAGAGUUCAGGAGCUGGAGGAAGAAUCGGCAGCACUUUCCGCAUCUAAAAUUAGGACGGAAAUCACAGCUCACGCCGCAAUCACGGAGAGCCAGGAGUUAAAGAAGAAAGUUGUAGAACUAGACGAGAAAUUACAGAAGUGUUUAAAAGAAAAUGAGGAGAAUAAGAAUCAAGUCUCAAAGAACUGCAGAGAACAUGAGGAAUUUACAGCUCAACUGCGUGACUGCUUAGAUCCAGACAAGAAGAAUGAAAAGACAUCAGAUGAAGAUUUAAUUCUCAAGCUGAGGGAGCUGUGCAAGGAAAACGCCCUCGUGAAAGGACAGGUGGCUGCUCUUGAAGAGACCAUAAACGUCCAUGAGAUGGAGGCAAAAGCCGGCCGAGAGACGAUCAUGCGCCUGGCGUCCGAAGUGAACACGGAGCAGAAAAAAGCUGCUUCCUGCGCUGAGCAGAGAGACCAGCGGAACCAGGACUUGCUCAGGGCCGUGGAGGCAAAAGACGCCCUGGAAAAGGAAGUCACAAUCUUCCAAGAGAGGCUGCUUGCGGGCCAGCGGGCCUGGGAUGCCUCAAAGCGGGAGCUGAGCCUCCUGAAGACAGGCUGCCGCGAGCUGGAGGAAAGUCUGAAGGCCAGUCUGGCUGCGGCCGCAGCCUCGCAAAGCCAGCACUCCUUGUUUAGGGAGAGAGUCGCAGCCCUCCUCUGGGGCUGCGGGGGUGCAGCGGGGUCCACCGAGGAGGCCAUUUUGGAGAAGAUUCAAGAAAUGGGCAGCAAGGAAGAAAGCCAGAAACGGAUGGUUUCCCAGUUGGAAGCCCAAGUAUCUGAGCUUGUUGAACAGUUGGAAAGUGAGUCUGGGUUUCACCAGCAAGCUCUGCAGAGAGCCCAGAAAGCAGAAAACAAGGUGGAGACCCUUCAGGGCCAGCUGACACACCUGGAGGGGGAGCUGGUGUCUGGAGACGUUUUACGGGACAACUUGAAUUUUGAGAAACAAAAAUAUCUUAAAUUUCUGGAUCAGCUCUCACAGAAAAUGAAAUUGGACCAGAUGGCUGCUGAACUUGGCUUUGACAUGCGUCUGGAUGUAGUUUUAGCUCGCACAGAGCAGCUGGUGCGCCUCGAGAGCAACGCCGUCAUUGAAAACAAGACUAUUGCCUACAAUUUACAGAGAAAGCUCAAGACUCAGAAAGAAAGACUGGAGAGCAAUGAACUGCACCUGAACCUCCUCAGGCAGAAGAUUGUCCAGCUGGAAGAGGAGAAGCGGGUGCGGAUGGCCCUGGCUGUGGAGAGGGACGAGGCCAACGCCACUGUCCAGAGGUUGCAGAAGAAGGUGGAGAGGCUGCAGAAGGAGCUGAGCGUGUGUCGAGAAUCGAACACUGAGCUCAAAGCCAAACUGGCUGACACGAAUGAGCUGAAGAUUAAAACUUUGGAACAGACCAAAGCCAUUGAAGACCUAAAUAAAUCCAGAGACAAACUGGAGAAGAUGAAGGAGACAGCUGAGAAAAAGCUACUGUCUGUCAAGUCAGAGCUGGACAGCGCAGAGCAUGAGGCCAAGGAGGACAAAGAGAGGGCCAGGACCAUGAUAGAGGUGGUAACCAGCGAAGUGAAGACCCUGAGAAAAUCUCUGGAGGAAGCAGAAAAGAGAGAAAAACAGCUGGUGGACUUUAGGGAGGUGGUUUCCCAGAUGCUGGGCUUGAACAUGACCAGCCUUGCUCUUCCUGACUAUGAAAUCAUCAAAUGUCUUGAAAGACUGAUCCAUUCCCACCAGCAUCACUUUGUCACCUGUGCCUGCUUCAAAGAUGUGACUACCAGGCAAGAUAGAUACCUGCAAGACCACUUAAAACUUCUUCAUUGAACACCGUAUCUCUUGAGGGAUAUGGAGUUAAGAGAUGGGACACUAUGCUCAAUUUAAUAAAUUCUCCAAAUCUUUGAUAUUUGAUCAGUAGGUGAAUGUUGUAUACUUUGAUAAUAGAAUGAGACUCCAUUGUUGGCAACAAGUAGUCUUAAAGGAAGUUACAUGUUCAGCACUAAACACACCUGUUACUUCAUUUGCUAGCACUUUGGUACCCAGGAGAAUUCCACUAGGUUGUAUAUCUAGAAUGGGAAAUGUCUGUUGGGAAUGAACAUUUAUGGGGCAUCUAUUAUGAGUCAGAGGCUUUAUUACCCAAUUUAAUUCUUGUAAUAACCAUGGGGGGAAGCUUUAACAUUUUUAUUUUACAACCUCUCUGAGGCUCGGAGAGGGUGUUACCUCCCCAAGGUCGCAGCUGGCCGGUGACAGGCCAGGAUGCACAACCGUGUUGACUCCGUAUCAAAGGCCAUGUCCUCUCUGCAUCCACACAGUCCUCUGGGUUCUCCUGGGUCCUGUGUUUUGGGUGAAAAUUGCCUGAAUAAAGGAAGGAAAAUAUCCAUGCUGUCAAGAAUUGAAGGCCAAAUGUAACUGAGAUUUGUGAGUGUAACCUAUAUGAAGUUUUAAAAAAGCAAUACACCUAAUCAUUUGGAUUAAACAUGCAUGGUCUGAGGUCCUAUAAGAAACUUAGGUGUUUUAAAAUGUUGCUGCCAGAUUGUUCCUGUACAUUCCCUAAGUGCAGUCUUUAAUAAACUUUUCAUUUUCUCUGUAAAUUUAU